AUGGAGGUUGAUAAGAAUUUGGAGUCAUGUGAAUCGUAUUACGCGACUGAAUUCGGUCCGGGCUCCGAUCAUUCCUCGCCGGAGAUUUACGCGAUUAACGACGGCGGCCGAUCGUCGGAGAAGACGGUGGGUAAUAGAGAUAAUGGUGUUGCCGUUGCGGCGGCCAAGAGUUUUGGCACGAGCGGCGCUUCCUCGCGGCUUUCCAGUCCGAGCAGCUCCAAUUCUAACGGAUACCAUCACGCGGCGGCGACCAAGUACUUGUCGUCGGAGGAGGAGGACGGCCGUUCCGUCAUUACUUUCAGAGGUGGGCAGUUUGGGAAUUUCACGAACGCUAGUGGACCCUCGUCUUUGCUUAGCUUUGACCAGAACCAAGGCUUUUACCCUUCCUUCUGGGACGAGACAAUGCAGUAUAACAACAAUAAUACUAGUGGAAAUUACCAGAAUCACCCUUUGACCCCAAAGUGUAGCGCCGCCAGUCCCGGCCACCUGGUCGAGAAUUCCGGCACCAAUAUUCCGUUUGGAUGGCUAAACCCUAACACAGACUCCGCCGGCGCCGCCACCAUCCAGGAACAUGGAAAACAAGAAUCAUCAUCCUUGACUAAACGUCCUUAUUCGGAGGAAAGCUUGCAAGCUAGCAAGAAGCAGUGCACGACGGCCACAAAGAAGGCCAAAACAUCAUCUAUUCCAUCAAAGGAUCCACAAAGUAUAGCAGCCAAGAAUCGAAGGGAACGGAUUAGCGAGCGGCUUAAGAUACUACAAGAACUUGUGCCUAAUGGAUCCAAGGUUGAUUUGGUCACCAUGUUAGAGAAAGCGAUCAGUUAUGUGAAGUUUCUUCAAUUGCAAGUGAAGGUUUUGGCAACAGAUGAAUUCUGGCCAAUGCAAGGUGGAAAAGCUCCAGAUCUUUCUCAAGUGAAAGAAGCCAUUGAUGCCAUCCUUGCAUCUCAGAAAGACAGAAACUCAAGCUCCAAGUGA